CACCAACUUCCCUCAAUUGCAGUCCAAAUCACCAGAUCAAUUCACCGAUCUGCCAUUCUAUCAUUCCAGCUGACAAUUUAUUCUAUCAUUUGGACUUCACAAGAUGGCUGCUACAUCUACUGCGCUGACCACUAAGGUGGAAAGCGGAUCGCCAUACCAGCUUGAUUCUGCACAGACACUCAAAGCUUCCAAAGCUCUUCUAGCGCACAUCAAAACCAGCGAGAAAGCCACUACUACUGCCUCCGGCAAACAAAGUCUCAUCAAAGAUGAUGCUUCUGACGAAGCAGACGAAGCAGACGACGAAUCGACACCCAUCUGGCUAACUCUCACUACCAAAACGCACAUAAUAACACAAAAGAAAUUCAAGCCGCUGCGCCUCUCCGUCCCCCACGCCCUCAACACCUCCUCCAACACAACCAUCUGCCUCAUAACCGCGGACCCUCAACGCACCUAUAAAGACCUGCUACAAGACCCUACCUUUCCCCCAGACCUCGCAGCUCGCAUCACGAAAGUGGUCGGUGUCAGCAAGCUGAAGAAGAAAUACAACCAGUACGAAGCGCAGCGCAAGCUAUACGCCGAACACGAUAUUUUCCUCGCCGAUGACAGGAUCAUCACGCAAUUGACCAAGCUCUUGGGCAAGACAUUCUACAAGGGCACGACGAAAAGGCCUAUUCCCGUGGGUAUUGCAGAGCCGGCACCGAAAGAGAAUGGCAAGCGCGUGAAGAGUUCUGGUCUUGGAGACGGUGAGCGGAAGGGUGAAGGCAAGACGGGAGGACGUGGUGCGGGGAGUGCGAAGGCUGUAGCUGCGGAGAUUGAGAAGGCUCUUUCUUCGGCGGUUGUUAGCUUGACGCCUUCUACACAAACGGCUGUUAGAGUGGGCUACUCGAGUUGGAGUGCUGAGAAAGUUGCUGCGAAUAUAGAGGCUGUUGCAUCAGGGCUGAUUGAGAACCAUGUACCCAAGAAAUGGAGAGGCGUGAGAUCCAUUCUCGUAAAGGGUCCUCAAACAGCAGCACUUCCCAUCUGGCUCGCUGACGAGCUGUGGGUUGACGAGAAAGCUGUGCUUGGUGAGGAGGAAGCGAGCAAGAUCACCGCGCAGGCGAAUAUCGGAAAGAAGAGGAAGAGCGGGGUUUUGGACGGUGUGGAUGCUGCUAUUGAAGCUGGUGAGAAAGCUGAGGGCAAGAAGAGCAAGAAGCAGAAGGUUGCUGCGGAGACAAAGACGAAGGUGUUGAAGGAGAGUAAUGAUGAUAAUCUGGACAAGGAGAUUAAGAUGCGUAAAGAGAAGCUGAAGAGGCAGAAGGAGGAGGCGGCCAGUGAGGCGGGUGCGGAUGACAUGCCGAAACCCAGUAAGAGAGCGAAGAAGACCACGGCUUAUACUGCUUAGGCGAGAAAAGGAGGCUAUUACUUCUGCUUCAUCUUACUAGAUUAAAAGCUAGACAAGCAUGGCUCGGCGUAUGAGGCGUAUGGGAAGGCGGUCAAAAUCACACUUGGGAUGCGUGCUUUUUGCGAUGUAGCUGUGAAUGGAUGGAUGCUACGUGUAGGGAAGGGAUAGGAAAUCAAAUAUUGUAUUCUCACUUUAGGGUUGCUCUCAAGUCCAUUCAAGUGAUUCUCAUAGCUCAACAUUCUGCUUUCCUUCCUUUUGGAAGCAUGUUCUUCCACUUGCUUGCUGAGUAAUGUUGACUUUCAAGACCUGAAUUGUCUCCACCCAAACGCCAUGUCCAGAUCCAACCUUUUUGAUACAAGAUACAUUUCUCAUUCAUCAGUAAUUACAACUCCAGCUGCCACUCCUCUUCCCCAAUAUCCACAGCUUCAUCAACCUCAUCAAAGCUCCUCCCAAGUCUCCCAUAAUUUUCCUUGAAUGUCUUUCUCAAAAUCUUACUACUCAACUGCAUAUGGCCCCCUUCCGUCUUCUCAAAUUUCAACGCACCCUUCUUAUCCAAACCUUUCAAGCCGAUCCAAUCCUCUUUAUAUAUAGUCCUAUCCCUCAACUCCGUAACCUUCCCGUCCUCAUCCACAUCCGCAAACCAACUACUCUCCUUCGGUACAACUGUUUCAUCAUCGUCAAACAGCACCAUGGUAAACCUCUCUAGCUUUUCCAAAUUCGCUUUGUAACUAGCGUUUUUGAGAAGACGCUCGUUGUUGAUGUCGGCAAGAAAAUUGGAGAAUUCCAGGUAGGACUCAAGUUGGGCAGGGUCGCGGAAGUAUUGCGCGGGUACCAGGCGGGAUUGUACGAAGGAGGACCAGGUGUUGGAGCGGAGGAGGCCUUGUGCGCCUUUGCAGACCCAGUCUCCUGAACUACAAGUCUGGAAUUCGGAGAUGCCGUUGUGUUGCGAGCCGAAUGUUACAAGGGAGCGUACUGGCGGGAUGUUGCACCGUUCAAUAUACCCUCUUAAGAACUGUCCGCCCUGAGAGAAGCCUAGAGCGUCAACAGCGGGUGCGGUGGAUAAAAUGGGAUGGGCUGCUAGGUCGGCGCAGACUUGUUCGAUUUGGAGAGUUAGGUUGCCGAAGAAUGUUGCCGUGCGGUCGGAAGAAGCGUCUUCGUCGAGACGGAUUAUAUAUGUGAAUGUACCAGGGUGAAUCUUUUCUGCGAGGGAGGCGACGUCUGCAAGACCAUCUGCUGCGUAGUUGUCGCCUAGGCCGUGCCAGAUUAUGAGGGGAAGGGGAUUGUCAUCAUCGUCUGACGUAGAGCUGGUGAUGGAGGGGUUUGGUGGCGGGAGGGUUUGAGAGCGUAGGAUUGCGGCGUAAAGGAGUGGAGUCGCAGAGAGAAGGGCCAGGAGGUUUGUGAGGAUUGCCAUAAUGGCGUGGAUUUGAAUCCGAUGAAAUGCUGGAGAGUCAAGCUAAUUCGAAGUGAG